ACGCUGUAGCCUUGCGUUCCUGGGGAGCCAGAGGUAGAAACUCUGGUUGCGCUUUGCCAUGCUACAAAGGUGGAAAUGAAAUGAAAAUCUGCUGGAAGAGGAAGCCCAGGUAGUGCUGGCUUACUCACCUGCUGGCCCCUGCUCUGACUCCUUACAGUAUGCUCUGGCUUUCUAACAGCGUUAAUUCUGAGCUGCUGAUGUUCUACAAAAUCCAAGUUCCUGCAAAGCACAUGUCAGACCUGCAAGCGAACAGGCACAGAGACCCGCUGUUCCGCACCACUUCCAACUCCUGCCCUUUGGAGAGAUCCCGCAGAGGACAGCGGCCUUCUCCAGUGAAGGGCUCGGUCUCCCGGCCCGAAAGAAGGUUCUGCCUAGAGGAGUUCUUGCCAACAAUGGAAGACAACUCAGCUCCUACAAGGACAAGCUACCAUGACCAAAUAGUGGAGGCUCCAGAGGCAGCUCCAAUAACGGACAGAGUAAUGGGUCCUGUGAGGCAAGUCUAGCCUUCAAGUCCAGCCCGCCCACCUGGCACCAGCCGGGGAGAAGAGCACCAUGGAGGGCAUCGUUGAACAGAAGACCAUGCUGACACACAGUAAGGUCAGUGAUACAGGCAAGAGGAAUGGCUUAAUUAACACCAGAAACUUCAUGGCCGAAAGCAGAGAUGGCCUGGUGUCUGUCUACCCGGCACCUCAGUACCAGAGCCAGCGGGGGGUGACCAGUGCAGCUUCAGCAACUCUGGACAGCAGCAGGAAUGAGCCCGUCCAACAGCUGCUGGACCCCAAUACCUUGCAGCAGUCCGUGGAAUCCCACUACCGCCCCAACAUCCUCCUCUACUCAGAUGGUAUACUGCACUCCUGGGGAGAAGGGGUGGCCCCUGAAUGCUGUGAGACCACCUUUAUCGAGGAACGGUCACCCACCAAAGAGAGCCUGGAGUACCCUGAUGGGAAGUUCAUCGACCUCUCCUCAGAUGAUAUCAAGAUCCAUACGCUCUCCUAUGACGUGGAGGAGGAGGAGGAGUUCCAGGAGCUGGAGAGUGACUACUCCAGUGACACAGAGAGUGAGGACAACUUCCUAAUGAUGCCCCCAAGGGAUCACCUGGGCCUCAGUGUAUUCUCCAUGCUCUGCUGCUUCUGGCCGCUGGGUAUUGCAGCCUUCUACCUAUCCCAUGAGACAAACAAAGCGGUGGCCAAGGGGGACUUCCACCAGGCCAGCACCAGCUCCCGGCGGGCUCUCUUCCUGGCGGUGCUCUCCAUCACCAUCGGGACUGGCAUCUAUGUGGGCGUGGCCGUGGCCCUCAUCGCCUACCUCUCCAAGAGCAACCACCUCUGAGCUUCCUCCAGCCCGGACGCACUAGGAAGUGCUGCAGGUGGCACCAGGCAGCCUGGAGGUUCCUCCCCGCGGACUUCUUCUGAGUUCGCUUUCAUAUUUUUUUUUCCAGCACUGUGUAAGCACGAGACACUUGGGCACUGCUCACUGUUCCAAAGGGAAGCUCCAAAGAUCCUGAUUCCUGAGGCUGUUUCUGGAUGGGCUCUGCCCAGUGGACAACAGUGAACUCUCCCCUCAACCUCCACCUGUGCCAGGAAGGCCAUCAACUUAGCAAUACGACAAUGGCCAACUGCUGCUGGUUGGGGGGUGGCAAUUAAUUUUAUUGAGUCUGGCGCCAUAAGCAGAGGGCAGAGGACAAGCCAUUCUGCUGUCUGUGACCCUGCAAGACUCUCUCGCAUCCCCCAGUCCACAUGCUCCCCUGCAGGAAGAAAUUGGGCCUGGACAGGGGAGAGAGAGACAGAUGCUGCUUGUGGGACUCCACCUGUCAUGGGGCUACAGAUGGACCCAGCCCUGAAGAUGCAGAGACAGAAGUGCUCAGGACAUGUCCCCAGGCAGAGUGUCAUUCCCAAGUGCUGUUCCAGCCAAAGUACUCGGCAUCCUCCUAGACGUGUCUGGCUGAGUAGCCAACACAGCAGCAAUAUGCAGUCCUGGGACCUCAGGGGCUGGGCUGGGGGCAGGCCACAGACCCUCCACCAUACCUCGAAGAAGGACCCCCCACAUUUGCUCCAGAUGCUUUCAGGAAGAGCCGUAGGGCAGAGCAGCUUGAAGGUCCAGCGAAUGCUUCAGAGCUGGCUGUUGCCCCGGCCUGGGAAGCGCUGCUGGCAAUCUUAUGAAGGAGAGGAGCCUCCUCUGGCAGCUCUGAAGAGCUGUUUUCCUGUCCUUUUCUGAAGUGCAACUCUUACUUCAUGCUGCUUCGGUUAUCAGAUGAAUGCUGAUAAAUACAUAAUCAGAGACAUUUUAAUACCAUCUCACUGCUGUUUGAUGUUUUAUUUAGCAAAAAUGGUCAUUGAGCUUUUUUAAAAAAAUUGUUUUGGCUUACGA